AUGUCGUCGGAGCUGCCGCGCCGCCGUCGCGCGCGCGCGUUCUUGUCGUGGUUUGAACUCUCAGGGGCGCUUUUCUCGCUCGAAGAGAUUUUCUCUUCACGCAGCCACCUCAGCAACUACACAGCGACCACCUGCCGCCCCCACUCGGCUCGCGUCGCCGCACUCUCGCUCGCGCGCGACCACACCCCGUCGACGCCACCCACCGCGACGAUGGCGUGCCUCGCGAGCGCGACGCGCGGCCUGACGACCGCGCGUCGCCCCUCCGCGGCCACGCGUCGAUGGACCGCGAGGGUGUCGUCGACGAUAUCCGCCCGAAGCACGAUCGACGCGACCCUCGCGCGACGCGCCGGCGGCGAACGACGCGCUCGCGCGCCGUCGCUCGCGCGCCGCCGCGCCGUCGCCGCGGCGUCGCGACGACGCGCGACCGCCGCGGACGCGGCGAACGACGCGGACGACGAACCCGCGGUCGGGAAGUCCUCGUUCGAUCCGCUCGCGGACAUGGAGGCGGACAUCGCGCGACUCGCCGCGGACUCGCCGCUCGCGAAGGAAGCCGCCGCCGCGAAGGAAGCCGGCGUCGCGCUGAAAACGGACGCGCAGGUGAAGAUGGACGGGAUCAAGGAGGCCAUCGACACGUUCCUGCUGUACGACUUCUUCGUCAUCCUGUUCAUCCUCGCGUGGCUCGUCAUCGGCGUGGUGGUCAGGUUGAGCGCGGGGAACGGGCUGUCGUACGACGAGCCCUUCUUGGGCGCGUGGCUGUUCCUGUGGCCGUUCUUGUUUCAGCCGCUGCUCGGCGUGCACAUGCUCGCGACGAUCGUGUCGCCGAUCAUAGGGAAGCUGAAGGACCGGGGGUUGGUGAGCAAGGACACGUGGACGUAGACGAUUGGACGACGAGGGGCGCAGACGGUCUCGGAGGCGCGAGACGCGACCGAGGCGCGCGCGUAGUAUCAUAUUCGACGUUUAUCGUGAGGGU